CUCUCUUGGGCUGGCGCAUUGUUAAGCAUUAUAAAAGCUCGAGAACAGCACGUGAAUGUGAGUCCUGUGUUGCUGGAAUCGCAGAGAAGAGGAGUACGGAUACAUAUAACACGAGGAUCCUUGAGUCUUCUGACAUCCUUGGAACUUGGGUUAUUCUGCAAAACGGCGGCUGAUACAAAAUGAAGGUCGCUGCACUCUUUAUCCUUGGUUGCCUGAUUAGGGGAGGAAUGGCAAAGCCAGAAUUUCCAGAACAAGAGAAGGACCCUGAUUUCUGGAAGGAAUGGGCACAGCGCACACUAAAAAAUGCUUUGACCCUCCAAGACCUCAACAAGAAUGUUGCCAAGAACAUCAUCCUUUUUCUUGGGGAUGGCAUGGGUGUACCAACGGUCACAGCAGCACGCAUUCUAAAGGGUCAACUGAGUGGACAGAAUGGUGAGGAAACACAGCUAGAGAUGGACAAAUUUCCCUACGUUGCCCUCUCUAAGACAUAUAACACCAAUGCUCAGGUCCCAGACAGUGCGGGCACUGCCACAGCAUAUCUGUGUGGGGUGAAGGCCAACGAGGGUACGGUUGGAGUGAGUGCAGCAGCUGUAAGAUCCCAGUGCAACACCACUCGGGGGAACGAGGUCACCUCCAUUCUUAAAUGGGCCAAAGAUGCAGGCAAAUCAGUGGGAAUUGUCACAACAACGCGAGUGAACCAUGCUACUCCGAGUGCGGCGUAUGCACACUGUGUAGACCGGGACUGGUAUUCAGACGGAGAAAUGCCUGCUGAAGCAGUCCAGAGCGGAUGCAAGGACAUCGCCAGACAACUCUUUGAAAAUAUCCCUGACAUUGAUGUGAUUAUGGGGGGUGGGCGGAGAAAUAUGUACCCCAGAAACACACCAGAUGUGGAAUACCCAGGAGACAAGAAACACAACGGUACACGCAAAGAUGGCAGGAACCUUGUGGGGGAGUGGACUGACAAAAUGAAGGAUAAGAGAGGUCACUAUGUUUGGAACAAGAAGGAUCUCCUUUCUCUGAAUCCAACCAAUGUGGAUUAUCUUUUGGGUCUGUUUGAGCCGGCAGACCUGCCCUAUGAGCUUGAGAGAAACAAAGAAACUGACCCUUCCCUCACCGAGAUGGUAGAGGUGGCCAUUAAGAUCCUCCGAAAAAAUGAACGCGGAUUCUACUUGCUGGUGGAAGGUGGGCGCAUCGAUCACGGACACCAUGAGGGAAAAGCCAAGCAGGCCUUGCAUGAGGCCGUGGAAAUGGACCGAGCCAUUACCCGAGCCGGUCUCCUCACCAACAUUUAUGACACACUGACAGUCGUCACGGCUGAUCACUCUCAUGUCUUCAGCUUUGGAGGCUACACACAUCGGGGAAACUCAAUCUUUGGUUUGGCCCCCAUACUGAGUGACAUUGACCAGAAGCCCUUCACAUCCAUUCUCUAUGGAAAUGGCCCAGGGUUCAAGUUGGUUAACGGUGCUAGAGAAAAUGUCUCAACUGUGGACUACAAGCAAAACAACUAUCAGGCGCAGUCUGCUGUUCCCUUGAGCAUGGAGACUCAUGGCGGUGAAGACGUGGCGAUAUUCUCCAAAGGUCCCAUGGCUCAUCUUCUUCAUGGAGUCCAGGAGCAGCAUUACAUUCCCCACGUCAUGGCCUACGCAGCUUGCAUCGGCCAAAACAAAGACCACUGCCGUACAAACUCCGGUUCCCCUUCUCUCAGUCACGUCUCCCCUACACUGGCCCUUCUUCUCUCAGUUAAAUGGCUUCUGUGCUGACCCCUCUUCUCUGGAUCCUCACUUAUCUUACCGUGGUUAGAUCAGAAACUAUCCUAACUGGUUCUUUCAAGUGGAAUUUAUGAUUUUUUUUAUAACGUGAUUAGUUUUUAAAGCAUUUAUCAACAUCGGGACCAAUGUGUGGGCAUUAUGGAGGGCUUGAGGCCAAUUUGAGAAGAUUUUGUCGCAACAACAAAAUUUCAAUUAAUUAUUUUCUUGCUGGAGUACUGAAUAGCAGAAUUACUAUGAUUCAGUAUAGCAGCGCAAAUGUCAGUGUGAUAUUGUCGUUCUAUAAAUAAUAAUAAUAAUAAUAAUAAUAAUAAAUAACUGAAAAAAGUUGUCCAGCAAAAAUACUUCCAAACGAUGCCGAAUGUUCACGCUUUCUGUGUCACAAGGCAACUCACAGAUUGAUAGUCUGUCUGGAACUGAGAAUGCAAAUCAGAGGAUCGGAACCAAUUGUUGUAUAACAAGCUCACACUACACCAUUUUAGCUCUGAGAGUUUGUGAGGUCUGUCACGUCACAUGAGCAUUUUCACUUGUCUCUUGUGAAGAUUUUAUCUGCUCUGCAUCAGUAAAAACAUACUACACUACCAUUCAAAAUUUUGGGAUCAAUACGUUUUUUUAAAGAAAUUUAUACUUUUAUUCAGCAAGGAUACAUUAAAUAAAUUUAUUAAAAGUGACAGUAACUUUGUGUUCACAAAGUGACUUUCUGUUUAUUAUAUGAUCAUGGUUUCCACAAAUAUAUUAAGCAGCACAGCUGUUUUCAUCAUUGAUGAAAUUAAGAAAUGUUUCUUGAGCAGCAAGUCAGCAUAUUAGAAUGAUUUCUAAUAGGAUCAUGUGACACUGAAGACCAGAGGAGGAGUAAUGGCUGCUGAAAUUUCAGCUUUGCAUCACAGGAAUAAAUUACAUUUUAUGUAUUAAAACAGAAAAGAGUUAUUUUAAAAUGUAUCGAUAUUAUGAUUUUAAUGUAUUUUUGUAGAAAUAAAUGCAGCCUUGGUGAUCAAAAGAGACUUUCAAAAUGAUUUUUAACAAUUCUUACUGAUCCCAAACUUUUGAACGGUAGUAUACAUUAGCAGCAGAUGUUUUCAAGAGAAUUAAAAAAUAAAAGUAUGUUUAUAAGAUGUACAGAAUAAUUACAAUGCAUUGCUUUUCAGAUUAUGAGUGCUUUGUGCAAUGAGUUUGAAAUUUGUGUGGUGUGAACUUGGCCUUUUUACUUACCUUAUAUUUUGUCCCCCAAAAAUGUUAAUAAAGUGAUAAUUAAAUGACUAGAAAUAAACAAAGUAGACAGUUUGUGCUUAUUAGAGAAUGAUUUUCCUACAUUUGAAAUCAAAUACAAUCUACCUCACUGACAUGUAAUGCCUUAAGUGCAUUACAUUCCCCUGUGAAGACCAGUUCAAAAUUCCCAUUAAAGCAAGUCACAAAUUUAAAGCAACCAUUACUAUUUUUAAUUGUUACUUUUUCAGAAGGACUAUUUUCUUUUACUAGUCAAGCCAUGUUUGCAUCCCUUGUAUCCAAAGUAAAAAUGUACAUUAAUGUUUGAUUUGGAAAUGCUUGAUUCUGAUUAUGCUGAUUUACCUGCAUUAUAACUGUAUCGGUAACCUGUUUGAAAAUCAGAACAAUUGUUGUGUAUGUUUUUGAAAUACUGUUUAUCUACCAUGUUUUCACAUCACUUUAUUGAAUGCAGAAUCUGAAUGAUAGUUGUGCAAUUGUUGUUUGUUUAUAGCAUCUGUGAGUCUCUUUAUGAAUGUAGACAAUUCAUGAAUAAUGGCACAAAUAUGGAUUUAAAGUAAAUGAAAUGUUUAUUUUCCUUGGCUAUUCACUUGGCCCCAAAUCAAAACAUGCCAUUAUAGCAAACAUUGCAAGUCAUUAAAAAAUAUACAAAGCUCUGAAGAUGGUGGAAAAAAUUACAUAAUAAAGGAAAAAAAUAUGUGGGGAGAAA